GGUGUUUUCAUUGGGGGGGGGUUAAUCAGUGUCUGCAAUGCUUUGAGCGCCCCUGGGAUUCACCCCCAGCGCCAAAAGCACAGGGUCUCUGCCCCAAGGAGCCUACUAUCUAAAACUCUGCCCUGGGCAGAAAAAAAGAAAAGGAUGAUUCCAGGAAGGAGGGAUGAUCUUGGGCUAAACAGAGGCACCAGGCCAGCCUUUGCUUGGCCCAUUCUUGAGCCGGGUUCAGAAGAAAUAAGUCAGCUUCCCCUUCCUGGUGGGUCACUGCCGGGGGACGAUUCCCGCACAGUUGUUCCACCUUACGUACAACGUUCGGUUGACAGCACUUUGGCUGGACUCCGAUCAGAGCCUGCGUGUCAUUGGGUUAAGCCUUUGGGCUACCAAAGUUGCAAUUACCCUUGUUUUGGGGUGCAAAAGGGCACCUGAGGUGACCCAAGGGUGGUGGUGGGGACAUGCCCUCCAUGCAUGCCCUCCAAAGCCCCGCUGAGCUUUAUCCCCCCACCCCAUCCCCAGGAGUGCAGGUUGCUGUAUUUCAAAAGAAGCCAUCCAUGGAGGACGUUACAGGGUGACCGAACAGAACAGGACAUGAUCUACGCUUGAGAGUCCUGCCGGCUACUGCAUUUUUGGAAUUAGAAGGGGAGAAGAGGAGGGAGGGUUUAAAGGAGCCCAGAUCCCUCCCAUCAGCUGGGAAAAAGGGGGGGGGAUUACCCCAGCAACAGACAACACAAUAAAAUGAAAAAAAAAUAAUUUUGACACUUUAUGAAGUCCCCGCCACAAUGCACACACACACAGAGAGAGACUCAUCCAGUUCCUUUUUAAAAACAACAUUGGUUCAGCUGGCCACAUGCGUGCCAAACAGGACGUGUCGUUGGGCAGUUUCCAGCCAGAGUUGGGGUUGUCGGAAAGGCCUGACACUGGAAGGGCACAUUUUCCAGCCCCCCCCCUUUCGUCCCUUGGGUGGCAGGCCCGUCCCAAGGGGCGCUGUGGGCAGGUAACCCAUUUGGCGAAAGGAACUCAAAUUGAGCAGCGGCGUAUGGCUUACCCGAAAAUCUGGAAGAGAUGCUGCCCUGAAUAUAUUCUAAAAACACAUUUUUAAAAAUCCUUUUUUGAGAACUUGAGCGUUGCCUUCUAGCGAUGAGACGGGGUGCAAAUGUCAUUGGUAAUAAAAAUAAGGGGAACGGGCGAUGGGAAGGCUGAAGCAUUGACAAAGGCCGCAUAAUGUCCCCGUCGGGUAGCAAAACUGGGCGCUUGGUCCCUCUCCCAUCCCUCUUCUUCCGCCCUGGAUGCUUUCCGAGGGAAAGGGCAGCAGAGGGGGAGAUGAUGAAAGGAACUGGGAUUUCCAGCUUGGAACGAACGUGUGUCCCAUAGCCUCAGUGUACCCGGGAGAUGGCUGCUACGUGAAACGCACCACGGAGCCUGUUUGCAUUGCGAGGAGGAGGAGGAUCUGUUCCAAGUGAGGUCAGGACUGGAUUCGGGAUCCAUGCCGCCGGCCCCGCCUCGACGGAGAGAGACGCCAUGGCCGCCGCUCCUCAGCUCAACUCGGACGCCCUCCGGGAAGUCUUGGAGUGCCCGAUCUGCAUGGAGUGCUUCACCGAGGAGCAGCUGCGGCCGAAGCUCCUGCACUGCGGGCACACCAUCUGCCGGCAGUGCUCGGAGAAGCUCCUGGCGAACAGCAUCAACGGGAUCCGUUGCCCCUUCUGCAGCAAAGUGACGCGGAUCACCAGCCUGGCUCAGCUGACGGACAACUUGACCGUGCUGAAGAUCAUCGACACGGCCGGGCUCGGCGAGACCGUCGGCCUCCUCAUGUGCAAGGCUUGCGCCCGGCGGCUGCCCAAGCACUUCUGCCGCAGCUGCGGCUCGGUCCUGUGCGAGCCGUGCAAGGCGGCCGAACACGCCCAGCGGGGCCACGGGGUGGUGGCCAUCAAAGAGGCGGCCGACGAGCGGAGGAGGGCGUUCGGGGCCAAGCUGGGCCGCUUGCGGGAGCUCAUGGGGGACCUGCAGAAGAGGAAGGGGGCCCUGGAAGGGGUCUCCAAGGACCUGCAAGCAAGGUACAAAGCCGUCCUGCAGGAGUACGGCAAGGAAGAGCGGAAGGUGCAGGAGGAGCUGGCCAGAUCCCGGAAGUUCUUCACCGGCUCCCUCUCCGAAGUGGAGAAGGUGAACAGCCAGAUCAUGGAGGAGCAGGCUUACCUGCUGAACAUCGCCGAGGUGCAGAUUGUGUCGCGCUGCGACUACUUCCUGGCCAAGAUCAAGCAGGGGGACCUGGCCCUCCUGGAGGAAGAGGGCGAGGAGGAGGAACCCGAGCUGAUGAACACCCUUCCUAAAGAGCUGACCCUGCAGGAGGUGGAGCUCCUGAAGGUCGGCCACGUGGGGCCGCUGCAGAUUGGCCAAGUGGUGAAGAAGCCCCGGAGCAUCAACGUGGAGGACUCGCUGAUGGAGACGGGAGGGGCCGCCUCCGCCUCCUCCGUGACCUUCAGGGAGGUGGACGCCGCCGAGGACGAGGCCGGCCCCUUGCCCAGCUGCCCCUCGCCGGCCAAGCCGCGGAUGCCGGACGCGGCCUCUGGCCUCCAGCAGUGCCACUUCCUCAAAAAGAUGGGCUCCAAAGGGAGCACGCCGGGGACCUUCAACCUCCCCGUCAGCCUGCACGUCACCCCUCAGGGGGAGGUGCUGGUGGCGGAUCGUGGCAACUUCCGGAUCCAGGUCUUCACCCGCAAGGGCUUCCUGAAGGAGAUCCGCCGGAGCCCCAGCGGCAUCGACAGCUUCGUGCUCAGCUUCCUGGGGGCCGACCUGCCCAACCUGACGCCCUUGUCGGUCACGAUGAACUGCCACGGCCUCAUUGGGGUGACCGACAGCUACGACAACUCCGUGAAGGUCUACACCCUCGACGGGCACUGCGUGGCCUGCCACAGGAGCCAGCUGAGCAAGCCAUGGGGGAUCACCGCUCUCCCGUCCGGACAGUUCGUGGUCACGGACGUGGAAGGCGGGAAGCUCUGGUGCUUCACCGUAGACCGCAGUGUUGGGGUGGUGAAGUACAGCUGCUUGUGUAGCGCCGUGCGCCCAAAGUUCGUGACCUGCGACGCGGAAGGGACGAUCUAUUUCACGCAGGGCCUGGGCCUGAACCUCGAGAACCGCCAGCACGAGCAUCACCUGGAAGGGGGCUUCUCCAUCGGCUCCGUCGGCCCCGACGGGCAGCUCGGCCGGCAGAUCAGCCACUUCUUCUCCGAGAACGAGGACUUCCGCUGCAUCGCCGGGAUGUGCGUGGACACUCGGGGCGACCUGAUCGUCGCGGACAGUAGCCGGAAAGAAAUCCUGCAUUUCCCCAAGGGCGGCGGCUAUAACAUCUUGAUCCGAGAAGGUCUCACCUGCCCGGUGGGCAUUGCCAUCACGCCCAAGGGGCAGCUCUUAGUCUUGGACUGCUGGGAUCACUGCAUCAAGAUCUACAGUUACCACUUGCGGAGGUACUCCACGCCGUAAGAGGGGCAGGAGCCGGAACGGGCUGUGCGGCGUGCCUCUUUGGGGGGGCUAGAUUCUUCCAAUGGACAUAAGAGACUCAUUGACACGGGUGCCAUAGUUUUUGAGCAGACUCUGCUCCGAUCCUCUGUGUGUGUGUGUGUUUGAUUAGAAGACACGGCAUCUGUGUGUGUGUGUGUGUUUUUCAAAGGAGCGCUGUCUCGUGGUAAUACAGCCUUGUUUUUGAGUUCUAGCUGCGGAGAUAAUGAGGGAGUGACCAAUGGAGAUGGGGGGAAGGUGGCCUCCCUUUCGGUUCAUCUGGGGGCUGGAGUCGCUGUUCCUUUGUGCCUGGGGAUGGCCAAACCUAAUGGCUUGUGGUGCUUGUUCCUGCCCACCUGCCCUGGCUGGAGGGUGGAGGGGGCGAAAUAUGUGGUCAUGCAAAGGCCCUGGCCAAAAAAGAAAGGGAUUGAUCCCUUUAUGCAGAGUUCAAACGCUGCCACCACAGUAAGGUGGCUGAAGGAGAGGCUGGCCCUUCCAAUUUAUGUCUUCCACUUCUCCAAGGCUGUAUUAACCACGCACUGUAACACCCCUGCACCCCCAGAUCUCUGUAUCACCUUUCACCAAUGCAUGCGUAGGGGCUCACAGAGGAAUUUACCUUUUCAUUGGCUGUUCCACUACACGUAGUCGGUAGUACGUUUUCCCCAAAACUCAGAUCCCUCGAAAUGUCCGGCGGCACUGUGUAACCGAGUUGUUGCAAGAAAAGUUCGCUGACGCGGCUGCAGCCGAAGAGCAACGUCCGCGCACGCUCCCCCAGAGGGUGUACCCCAUUUGGUGCCGACGGGACCUGUGUUUGUGUGUGAAUUUCAAGCCCUUUGUUCAAUGUGAAAUAGGUGUAGUUGCGGCUGCCGAAUGCCGACGCUGGACUGUCUCCAAGGAAUCUCCGGGAAACGGACAUCGGUUUGAUGGGGCUGUGAAAGGGUGGUUGGGUGGGAAGGCCAACAAUAUGGGGCUGAAUCCCUCCCUUUGUGUUUCACAACUUGUGCUGCACUCUUGCUUGGAAAAAUGUGUUGGCGGGUCAUGUUUUUUUUCUUGUGGGUUCUUUCACCGGGGAGGGAGGAAUGGAAGUAAAGGAGAUCAAACGUGA